UUCCUCAUGUAUUAAAUGCAUGAACUGUACACUCUAAAGGCGUUGGCGAUUUCAGCAAGUGUGGUUACAUUAUCGUUAUCAUUUAUAACAAUUAAACAUUUAAUAAAUUUUCAUAUAAAUGAUUAUUAAAACUCAAUAUGUGAAAAUGACGAAGAUAUAAUAUUUUUAUACCAUUUCUCAAAUAAUAAUUAUUUUACUUGUGACCGGUAGUAUAUAUUUUAUGAGAAUUAGUGAUAGACAAUGUAAAAACGUAACUUUAAAAAACUUCAUAUUAUGAAUUUGUAGUUGACAAGAAAGUAAUAAUCUCCUAUUGUCAAUUAAUUGUUAACUUGUAGUUCUAACUAAGAAGAAUGUGAAGUGUAUUUAAAUGUUUAGAUGCUCCGAAAACUGUGUCAAUUAUUCCAUUAAAGCUAAUUGUCAAAUAUCCUUCCAGAUGGACUCAAUGUCUUAAAAAAAUCAUCACUUGUUUAAUAAUUGAUCUCAUCGUCAUCAAUUAAAAGAUGCAUAUGAUAAAGCCGGACAGUGAUAGAUUGGGAAAAAAAGCUCCAUCAGGCAUGUCAAAUAAUCAGCUCGUCGACUCGUGUCUUGGUCCAAGUGAAACAGAUUAUCACAGUAGCAAUGGACAACCGGAAACGCAUUCCGUGCAUUCAUCUCAAUUGUCUGUACAAGAUGAUCCUUUACUCGUGCGGGCGCAUAAUCAACAAACAUCACAACAAAUGACAUCAGUAACCAAAGUAAUUCGUGAAGUAUCCCACGUAGAAUCUGAAGCAGGAGCAGUUAAUUAUAUUCCGGUACCAAUGAUGUCACAAGAAUAUCCUCACGCUGACCCGUGUUAUGCGGCAGAUCCGUAUAUGGUCAAUUUUGAUCAUUAUGACUCUUAUGUGGGGUAUGCAACUCAGCCAGACUAUCCUCCACCACAUAGUGCAUAUGCACCAGACUCACGUUCACCCCACAGUCCACACAGCCCAUCAGAGCACAGCCGUACAACACCACCUCAUGAAUAUCUUCGAAAAGGACCUUCGUAUGUUGACGGAGGAUAUAAUGACAUGGGAUCGGUGCUGAAUCCUGCAUUGCAAGAUCAUUAUCGAAUAACUCCAAGCCCUGGAGGCCCUGGCGAUCAAUAUGAUCCAAUGACUGCUACGUGGAAUAUAGACGAUUCAGAAGUACCUACCCAGCAUUAUAAUGAUGAAGGCAAAGUGGCGUAUGGCUACGUUUCCCCAUCACCAUACGGUCCGGUAUCUUAUGGGCCAAAUAUAGGAGUAGUACCAGUACCAUUGGCGAAUGAAGGACCAUCCUACGACGAGUCUCAUCCAGUUACUCUUGCUGGAAAUCUAGCCCCAGGAAUGUUUGAAGAUGAUGUUCAUCUACAACGAUUGCAAACUCGACAUUCAGUUCCGGGAAUGGUUAGUCCACUCGGGGAUGAUCCAAAAUCAAUGCGAUGGAGAGAUCCAAAUCUUUCAGAAGUAAUUGGCUUCCUUACUAAUCCAAACAACAUAAUAAAAGCAAAUGCUGCAGCAUAUUUACAACAUCUUUGCUACAUGGAUGAUCCUAAUAAGCAAAAAACUCGAAGUUUAGGAGGAAUUCCACCAUUAGUGCAGCUACUGGAUAACGAGAGUCCGGAUGUAUACAGAAAUGCAUGUGGAGCAUUGAGAAACCUUUCAUACGGUCGACAAAAUGAUGAAAAUAAGCGAGCAAUUAAAAAUGCUGGAGGUGUACCGGCAUUAAUUAGUUUAUUACGUAGAACAUCGGAUGCUGAUGUUAAGGAGUUAGUGACAGGAGUAUUAUGGAAUUUAUCAUCAUGCGAGGAUUUGAAAAAAGCUAUUAUUGAUGAUGGUGUUACUUUAAUUGUUAACAACAUAAUUAUCCCUCAUAGUGGAUGGGAUCCCAGUGCUUCCAAUGGUGAAACUUGUUGGUCAACUGUGUUUAGAAAUGCAUCUGGUGUAUUGAGAAAUGUAUCAAGCGCUGGUGAAUACGCUCGGAAAAAAUUACGUGAAUGCGACGGUCUUGUUGAUGCACUUUUAUAUGUCGUGAGAUCAGCUAUAGAAAAAUCUAAUAUUGGAAAUAAAAUUGUUGAGAAUUGCGUUUGUAUCUUAAGGAACUUGAGCUAUAGAUGUCAAGAAGUAGAAGAUCCUAAUUACGAUAAGCAUCCCAUUCAAUCUGUUGUGCAAAAUCGCAUCGCAACUCCCGUCAAAGGAGAAAAUUUGGGAUGUUUUGGUGGUAGUAAACGACGAAAAGAUGGACAGCCACCACAAAAAGAAGUAACAGCAUCAAAAACUGUAACUACCAGGACAGAACCUGUGAAAGGAAUGGAACUUUUAUGGCAACCUGAAGUAGUCCAAUGUUAUCUGAGCCUUUUACAAACUUGUUCAAAUCCAGAAACACUCGAAGCAGCAGCAGGUGCCUUACAGAAUCUUGCUGCUUGUUAUUGGCAACCGAGCAUUGAAAUACGUGCGGCCGUGAGAAAAGAAAAAGGCCUACCGAUUUUAGUUGAAUUGUUACGAAUGGAGGUCGAUCGGGUAGUUUGCGCAGUAGCUACAGCUCUUAGAAAUCUAGCAAUUGAUCAACGCAAUAAAGAGCUUAUUGGAAAAUAUGCUAUGAGAGAUUUAAUUCAAAAACUACCAUCUGGCAAUAAUCAGCACGACCAAGGCACCAGUGAUGAUACUAUCGCUGCUGUACUUGCAACUUUAAAUGAAGUUAUUAAACGGAAUGCAGAGUUUUCAAGGUCUUUGCUGGAUGCUGGAGGCGUUGAAAGAUUGAUGAAUAUUACUAAACAACGUCAGAAAUAUACAGCUCGUGUUCUCAAGUUUGCUGGACAAGUACUCUUUACGAUGUGGCAGCACACAGAAUUACGAGAAGUUUACAAGAAACAUGGAUGGAAAGAGGCUGAUUUUGUAACUAAAACUGUGGCAGCACGAAACUCGGGAAUGAAUUCACCAAAUAAUGCAAACAGUUAUGAUUUCAGCACGUUAAACAGGCCAAUGGCAAGCCAGGGGAGUACCAGAUAUGAAGACCGAACGAUGCAGAGGACCAAUAUGAAUUCCAAUAAUGUAGGAUGGAAAGCUACUUAUCAACCUCAAAGUGACGAUAUGACUAUGGGUGAUAUGCAAUAUCCAAAAACAGGAACACGUGCACCGACUACUGGAGACGUUUGUAUAUUCCCCACUAAUUCUGGCUAAUUAUCUAGAUCAUGCUUACAAACGGCGAUAAUAACGUGAAAUUCUCCACAAUAAAAAUGAUUAUAUAUAUACAUAAGGAGAUGCUCAACGUUACAUCAAUAAAACAUGGACUGAUCGAUAAAAUUAAUUAAUGGCAGCCGAAAUAUGAAUUACGGUAAUCUAAUUAGAAUUUUUUUAUCAACAUCAAUAAUGAUUAUGACAUAAAUUUAUUAUAUCAUUAUUAUUAUUAUUGAUGAUUAUUAUUAUUAAUUAUUAAUAAUACUGUUAAAAGAGAUAAAGUAGGAAGGAAACAUCUUAUUCCAUAAACGAUAAUCAUGGUAAUGACUUUUAUUAAUUAAUUAAUUAAUUAAAUUAUUGAUUCAUAAACAAUUUUAACAUUAUACAUUUAGAGAUUAAUACAACACAAUGUUAAUUGAAAAGAGAUCUUUAUGACAAAGUCAAAUAAAAGUAAAAAAAGUUUGAUAUGAAAUCAUAAGCAUUGUAUAAAAAUAUUCAUUAACAUAUAGAAUACAUUUCUAAACGUCCUGAUAGCAAUUAUAUAUCUCUAGACGAUAGAGCAUAGAAUCUAUAUAAAUAAUGUAAACACAUACUAUGCUAUAAAUGCAAUUAUUAUUUAUUGUGGUAACAGUAAAUAAUAAAAAUGGCAACAACAGAGCAGCUCUCAUGAGUAUACAAAAAUAGAAAAUAUACUCUUCUUCCUAAUUUGUUGCUGACAAGUAUUACUUUAUACCGACUGGUUAAAAUAACCCCAAUAAUUUAUAAUAAAUGAACGAAAGUACUCGAUAAUCAUGAAUGUUUCGAAUGAUUAACAAAAAAAAUAUAUAACAAAAAAAAAACCAAAAAAAAUUUCUUAAUAUAAUAUUAUUACAGAAAAUCAUGCGCUGUUUUAUAUCUUCGAUAUUGAAAGACACAAAAAAGUAAAAAAAAAAAAAAAUAUAUCUAACGUCUCCUUUUAAAAAUUCAAGAGCUUAUAUUAAGACAAAACCGUUAGGCAACUAUUAACUAAUCAAUCAUGUAACAUUGUAAAGACUCAUAUAAUAUUAAUUAGAGUCAAAAAAUGCAUUGUAAAAGUCAUGUAACUCGAUAAUUUUUGCUUUUUAAAAAAAUUUACGAUAGAGUACAUAAGUAUUCGAAUGUUUUGUUUCAUUAAAUCACGGCACUGAGCUAGAAAUUCACGGAGUUAGUAAUCUAUGUAUGGCUGUAAAGCAAUAACUUAAAUAUACAUUACGCGAAAUUAAAUUUAAAAAACAUGUGUAGAACUUGAAUUUCAUUUAAAUCAUAUGUAUAUUACAUGGUUAUAACAUGAUUCUUUUAAUUACCAGGUAUAAUUAAUGACUACUUAACGUGAAUGAUUAAUAUGAAUAAUUAUAAAUCAAUUAGUUUAGAAUAUUGUAUAAAAUAAGUAAAAAUAAUGUAUUAAUAUUAUUUACAUUUUAAUAUCAAUUUUUUUUAAAACCAUUUAUUGUUAAAGAAGUAAACGAGAAAGUGUAUUGAGACAAUGGAAACAAUUGAUGCAAAAAAUAAAUAGCACAUCUUUCGUUCUA